AUGCUGAGCUCGGGGUUUGUGACUGCAGGGGCCGGAGCUGUCGGCAGAGCGGAGGAGCAAAGCAACCUGUUUGCAGAGAGGGGCUGCUGCAGGAGGCAGAGCCAUUUCCUCCACGUUGGGCAUGAUGUCUCUGGCAGCCCGGUCAGCGUGGACGUCGGGAGGUGCCGCUCCCGCUGCCCGUCCCACUGGAUCCACCCCGGCCGCCCGGGGCCCUCCAGAUACUCCUCCCUGCUCGAAUUCCUGAGGAGCAAGAAGGUGAGAAUGCGGCACCCCGAUGCCCCCUGGCCAGGAGCGCCCCGAUCGUGCCCCGCGGGGUCGUGCUGUGAGCCGGCCCGGCUGCGCGUGGAGCGGCUCCUGCUCCUGCAGGGCGCUCGGGAGGUGGAGGUGGUCGAUGGCUGCCACUGCAGCACCUGCCCCGAGGAAUGUCUGCGGCUCCCGGCGCUGAAAACCUUCUUUCCAGACUCUCCCUGGGAGGUCACGGUGGACGUGGGGAAAUGCUCCGAUCCAGCCUACAGUGCAGAUGGACUUUCCUGUGUGCCUACCAAGUUCAGCACUGUCCUAGUCAAACACCCACAUGGGGGGGAGGUGGUUCAGACACUGGAGAAUUGUGAAAUGAAGGAGAAAUGCUAUCGCGUCUCCCAGCUGGAAUAUUAUUACGAAAUUGUGCAGAGCCCUGCGGGACACAGGGAGGAACGGCUCAAGGAAAUCGAUGUGGGAAGGUGCUUGGGCAGCUGCUCUUCGGGAGAUCGCUGCUUGCUUGGGGAGUCCCAGGACGGAGAGGAGUGCCUGGUGCGGGCAGGAGCCGCCCCCGGGCGCUGCGCCCCGCGCAGCUACGAUGUGCUCACCUUCCGCAGCCGCCGCGGCCGCGUCCGCACCGUCACCGCCAUCCGGCACUGCCAGUGCUGGGGGUAG